GCGGAUUCCGGCCCCGGGUCCUACGGGAAGAGGCUUCGAGGGAGGCCGAGGACCCCAGCGGAGCCCGGAGAACUCGCAGUGGGAAUGGGGCGCCGGGGCUGGAGCGGUGGCCUAGGCCUCCCGGACCUCGGCCUCUCGGGGCCCUGCCCCCACUUCCUCGCCAGGAAGGAAGCUGCUGAGCCGAGACACGAGAUGAAUCACCCUCCACCUAGGGGGAGGCGGCCCUUGGGGGAUGAGGCUGGCAGUGAUGGGGCCAAGAUCGGGAACUGCCCCUUCUCCCAGAGACUCUUCAUGGUGCUCUGGCUCAAGGGGGUCACCUUCAACGUCACCACCGUUGACACCAAGAGGCGGACUGAGACGGUGCAGAAGCUGUGCCCAGGAGGGCAGCUGCCGUUCCUGCUGUAUGGCACAGAAGUACACACAGACACCAACAAGAUUGAGGAGUUUCUGGAGGCCAUGCUGUGCCCUCCCAGGUACCCCAAGCUGGCAGCUCUGAACCCUGAGUCCAACACAGCUGGGCUAGACGUAUUUGCCAAAUUUUCUGCCUACAUCAAGAAUUCAAACCCAGCCCUCAAUGACAAUCUGGAGAAGGGACUCCUGAAAGCCCUGAAAGUUUUAGACAAUUACUUGAUAUCCCCGCUCCCAGAAGAGGUGGAUGAGACCAGUGCCGAAGAUGAAGGCAUCUCUCGGAGGAAGUUUCUGGAUGGCAAUGAGCUCACCCUGGCAGACUGCAACCUGUUGCCAAAGCUGCACAUAGUACAGGUGGUUUGUAAGAAGUACCGGGGCUUCACCAUCCCUGAGGCCUUUCAAGGAGUGCAUCGGUACUUGAGCAACGCCUAUGCCCGGGAAGAAUUUGCCUCCACCUGUCCAGAUGAUGAAGAGAUCGAGUUGGCCUAUGAGCAAGUGGCCAAGGCUCUCAAAUAAGGCUGUGGCUGUGUGUGGGCUCCCUGACCCACGUCCUCCAUGUUCUCCACAGAGGUCCUGGGUGCUUUCCACAUUUGGAUACACUCCAAAAUGGCCAGAGGUCCGAAAAUCCUGGGCACUUGUGCAGGUGUGGGUGGGUGGCUGGCUGGGGGAAGAUAGGGGAUAUGGGUAAGAUUUUUAUUGUGGGGUGGAUGGGUAGGACAAUGUAUUUCAGUA